AUGUCUGCGAUCGAGCUCAUUAAUCCCCGCGCGGAGUCAGUGCGGCGACUCCAGGCUUUGCAGGUCAACAUAGCAGGUGCUAUUGGCCUUGCUCAGGUAGUGCGAUCUAAUCUGGGUCCGCGUGGUACACUCAAGAUGCUGGUUGAUGGCUCGGGCAAUCUGAAAAUGACAAAGGAUGGCAAGGUUCUUCUCACAGAGAUGCAGAUCCAGAACCCUACGGCGGCUAUGAUUGCACGCACCGCUGUGGCUCAAGAUGAGCAGUGUGGUGAUGGCACAACGAGUGUGGUACUCUUGGUGGGCGAGCUUCUGAAACAAGCUGAGCGCUACAUUCAGGAGGGCGUCCAUUCGCGAGUUGUAUCAGAUGGCUUUGAUGUAGCUAAAGCAGGGGCUCUUCAAUUUCUUGAAGAAUUCAAGCAAAAGAUGGACCCUGACCGCGCAACAUUGGUGGCAGUGGCAAACACUGCCUUGGCUACGAAGCUAGCGCCGAAAUUGGCGAAACAGCUAGCUGACAGCGUUGUCGACGCGGUACUUGCUGUUAAGCCUCGUGCGCCCAGCUCUUCUGAAGCACCUUCGUUGAAGGAGGAUGGAAGCUCAGAACGUGUGGAUGAGUGGGUUACACGCAACCCUAUUGAUCUUCACAUGGUGGAAAUUAUGAAAAUGCAGCACAAGAGUGCCACUGAUACGCAGCUAGUGCGCGGCUUGGUAAUGGACCAUGGAGCACGCCACCCCGAUAUGCCAAAGCGUGUACGGAACGCAUACGUGCUGACACUGAAUGUAAGCCUUGAAUACGAGAAGACUGAAAUCAACUCAGGAUUUUUCUACUCUUCGGCUGAACAGCGUGAAAAGUUGGUCGAGUCUGAGCGACGUUUUGUGGAUGCAAAACUCAAGAAGAUUGUUGAAUUGAAGAAUGCGGUGUGUGAUGCCGAUGCCAACACUCCUGAGUCGGAGCGCAAGUCGUUCGUCAUCUUUAACCAGAAGGGGAUUGACCCCAUGUCACUUGAUGUGCUCGCCAAGAAUGGCAUUCUGGCUCUCCGACGAGCAAAGCGACGCAACAUGGAGCGCCUGCAGCUGUGUUGUGGUGGCGUGGCGCAAAAUAGCGUCGAUGAUCUGUCUCCCGAUAUUCUGGGUUGGGCUGGACUUGUGUACGAGCAGACACUGGGUGAGGAAAAGUUUACUUUUGUUGAAGACACUAAGGAUCCAAAGAGUGUGACUCUACUCAUCAAGGGACCCAAUGCGCACACUCUCAAUCAGAUUCAAGAUGCUUUGCGUGACGGAUUGCGGAGCGUGAAGAAUUCCAUCGAAGACGGCGCGCUAGUUCCUGGCGCUGGCGCAUUCGAAGUGGCCGCCGCUGCACAUCUUCUGGACAAUGUUCGACGCACGGCCAAGGGCCGCGCGAAGCUCGGCGUCGAAGCAUUCGCGCAAGCUCUUAUGGUAAUUCCCAAGACACUAGCAAGCAAUGCUGGGCUUGAUAUUCAGGAUGCUAUUGUAAACCUGCAAGAUGAAUGUGCUGAAGGUCAUAUUGUAGGCCUGGAUACCCAAACGGGCGAAUGUAUGGAUCCCGUCAGCAGCGGCGUCUGGGACAACUAUCGUGUGAAGCGUCAUAUGAUCCACAGCAGUGCUGUUAUUGCUUCCAACUUGCUUUCUGUGGACGAAAUUUUGCGCGCGGGUCGUAGCUCGCUUAAAAACGACGCGCCAGGUCCGUAG